GGAAUGGCUGUUUUGGAACACAAACAUAGCAAGCCUUGAAGGAAGAUUUUUCAAGGCUGCUGGUUUCAGGAUUGAAUGCAGCGUCCUGCCAGCAUUCUAUCAAGAUGUUACAGCUCCUCCCACUCACCCUACAGCCACACUUUCUCCUGUUUAUCUCCAUGCCCUAUUUUGGAGUCAGCCCUCCUUGGAUGCCCUGGCCAAUCAAGAGACCACACAUUGUUGCCUAAGAGACCCCGGAUGCCAGCGACAGGAUUUAUAGAUGGUGAUUGGACUGCUAGAAGCGGUGAGGUGGGGCUGAGAGGAGUCAAAGAAAGCUGUCCUAGUGCAACGAUGGCAACCCCAGAGCCUGAGGCUUGAAGAAGGAGGCCAGCUGCUGAGGUAUAGUCUUUCUGAUAGAAGAAUACCAGGGCAUUUCAUGAUGGCAUUUGCACCUCCAAAAACCACUGAUGGCUCCAAAAUGCAGACAAAGAUGAGCACCUGGACACCCUUAAACCAUCGGCUUCUGAAUGACCAGGUGUUUGAAGAACGAAGAGCUCUGCUUGGAAAAUGGUUUGACAAAUGGACAGACUCUCAGAGGAGAAGAAUUCUUACAGGCCUGCUAGAGCGCUGCUCCCUGUCCCAGCAGAAGUUCUGUUGUCGAAAGCUGCAGGAAAAAAUCCCAGCAGAGGCUCUGGAUUUUACUACCAAGCUUCCAAGGGUGUUAUCUGUCUAUAUCUUUUCCUUCUUGGAUCCCCGGAGCCUUUGCCGCUGUGCACAGGUGAGCUGGCACUGGAAGAACCUGGCUGAGUUGGACCAGCUCUGGAUGCUCAAGUGCCUGCGCUUUAACUGGUACAUUAGCUUCUCACCAACGCCUUUUGAGCAGGGUGUCUGGAAAAAGCACUACAUUCAAAUGGUGAGAGAACUUCACAUCACCAAACCCAAGACGCCUCCAAAGGAUGGAUUCAUAGUUGCUGAUGUUCAGCCCAUUCCCGGAAGUUCUCUAGAGGAAAAACAGUCCUCUUCCUUAGCUUUGCGGUCUUCCUCCUCCUUAAGAAGGAAGAAUAACCCAGGGGAGAAAGAGCUUCCACCGUGGAGAUCGUCGGAUAAGCAUCCCACUGACAUCAUCCGCUUUAAUUAUCUAGACAACUGUGACCCUGAACACUUCUGGCAAGGAAGAAGAAAAAGAAAGGAAGUGACCCCAGACUUGAAGCGGCAGGUGAGAGAUAAGAAAAACAAGCUUGAGGACAGAGCCAGGCUCAGGAAAGCACAGUCACUGCAGGUGCAUAACUGGAGUUUGACAGUAAUGCUGUCAUCAGAAUGUCAUCCGAAGUUGAGAAAUUCGGCAUUUCUCAGCCGGCUUCUUUAGUCCCGGCUCCAGCAGAGAAGGGCCGCUAGAGGGAGCUCCUUCCCCUCGCUUCCAUCACUUUGCACCAGUCUCCAGAAGGAGGUUUUUCAGAGUUUUGACUCCGUAUGCCAGCACCUACGAAAAUGCUCAUUGAUUCACUUCAAGUCAUUUAUUCCAUUCAAAUUACCCCUUCAAUGCUAGUUUUUAAAUUUUUUAAAUUUGUA